AUGGGCCGUGUCUGCCAUGAAUCAUACGAGUGGCAUUUCAGAUUUAUUCUCCGCGUUGAGCGUCUAACCUUGGAGAACAAGCAGAAUGAGGGGGUUUAUUGUUUUGAUAUGACUCGGUUGGGCACGGUCCCCAUCGAUUGCUAUAAAAAUGACUAUGGAAAUGUGCUUGGAAAAUGGAAUGCUGCUGAAACUGCUCAGCUUAAUCCACCACAUAAAUUUGUCCCAUGGGUGCUUGUCAACGGUCAACCUCUACGGGAGGACUUUGAGAAUUUUGUUAGCUACGUCUGCAAGGCAUGCAAGGGCGAACAAGUGCCUGAGGCUUGUCAAUCACUUCCACUAAUGAACAAGUCUUUGAAAAAGGCAACUCUUAGUAAUCCAGCAUCAUUGCUGCAUGCUGAUACACCCACAUUCAAUCACAUGGUUACUGAAUUAUGGGAUUCACUUUGGCUUCUUUCUGCUUAA